AAUGCUCUCCACAGCUUAUUUUAGAUCACUUCAGCUCCCGCGCUUCCCCCUCAGGAGGUGUCAUGGUUAUCGCUCAUAUACCCCAUUCCUCCACUUUCACAUUCAAAUCUCGGCCAUUUGGGGAAGGAGAGGAAUAGGGCAUUUUCGGAUGGCGGAUCUCCCCACAAAAACCAUCGAUGUUACGACCCUCAUGUCCUACAGCGACGAUCUUGUUUCGAUCCUGAAGAACAUGAAGGACAUCAACCCUUUGAUUCACUUGCUGGAUGGGGCGAAUAAGCUCCGAUCUUCUUGCGAGGCUGAUCGAUCCGAUCUUCAUAUCCAAAUACAAGACUAUCAGAAGAAGAUAAAUGCAUGUGAGCAAAACAUAGACGAGGCAAAGAAUGAAAUUGGCACCAAUAUAGAACUAGAGCUCCCUCAAAAUGAGUUGGAAGAAGAACUGCAAAAGGAACGACUGCUUCGCGAGGAACUUAGAAUAGUUAUGGAUGAGAUUGAUGAUCUGGAACAUAAAAGGGUCUCUGUUGAAGAACGAAAGGGAAAUCUAAAGAAAAUCGAGAAAGAUGCAUCAAGGCAACAGAACAUGCUUUCUAUGCAUGCUUCAGUGACAAAUAUCAGCCCAGACUUAGGCGAUCAAUACAGAGUUUCUGGACAUAUUGUUGAAAGGGAUAGAAAGAUUGUUGAGAAGUUUGAGUUUGAAUCUGCAAAGACAAACCCUGUGGAGAUAUGCAACAGCCUCCGGAAAAUUAUGGACCUUUGAAGAACCAUCGGUUUUUGCUUAUCUGCUAGAAGUUGUGGAAACAAACAAACUAUUUGGAAGUUGUGAAAUUCUUAUACUGGUGUUUUUCUAGAUUGUACAAAUUACAAUGUUGAGGGCUGCUUACCUUCCUCAGCUGUAGGUUAACUUUACAUACGAGCACAAAAAUGGACCGUACCAUGCUUGUUGUAGGCAAUUGGUUCUCUUUUGAAAAUAUCCACUUACAUAUAAGAAAGAAAUACCAUCAUUAGCUGAGUUUAAAAUGAUGAGUUCAACCUUGAA